AUUGGGGUAAUCCACUGAUCUCUAUAAAUAACGUAUAAGUAACUAUAAUAAGUUAUUUAUAGAGAUCAGUGGGGUAAUCGAGUAAUCGAUUAAUCCACCAUCGAGUAAUCGAGGUGGGAGGGAGUACCAGUCUAGCGAGAGCUAUGGUUAUUUGUUACUACUGGUUACUAUAUUGGCCGGUCGGUAGUCGUGGCGCUGCGAUCAGCUGUUGCAAUAUGGCUGGUGUUUUGGCAAGAAGGAAUGAAUCAUCUAACAAACAAAACAGGUUGAUCACUAAUCCAGUCAAGUGCUGCUGAAACUUCAUAAAAGAUUAUCAACUACUAGUCUAAUAGCUGUCUAGCUGUCAAGGCAUUAUGGCUGGCCAGUUCAGAAGCUACAAGUGGGAUCCAAUAUGUAUUAUAUCCCAGAUUAUUGCUAUGCAGUGCUUAUUCUACACAAGUCUUAGUAUUUGGAUAGUUAUGAUGAAUGUGAUUGUACACAAUAAUAGCUCAUUAGAUCAAAUUUUCUCCUACCGGAUUCUACGGUACAAUGAAUUGAAUGGAAGACUGCUGAUGAUUGCCUUCGUACUCAACUCGUCUACCUGUGCCUUAGGAUUGUGGUAUAUAGUGCAGAGAACCAAACAGUGUCUAGACUAUUCAACAACGGUACACGUGGUGCACUUUCUCCUCUGCUGGUGUUACAACUACCAGAUGCCGAACACCGUGGCCUGGUGGUUGCUCAACCUAGUCUGCCUGAUUCUCAUGACCGUCACGGGAGAGUUCCUGUGCAUGCGGACAGAACUGAAGGCCAUUCCAGUCUAUCUAGGCGGGCGAGUGGACCUGUUGUGAUAGUUCGUAUCAUGACACUGAUGACUGGAAUAAGCGUGAAAAGAGUCGCGGUGGUGCACACCUGCAGCUUAUCCAUGAUAGCCAAGUAGUGGUGAUGACUUGGCACUGACGUUAUAAGCUAAAGGCAUCCUCUGCAUGCUGAAAUUAGUAUAUCAGAUGCUGCUUUCAGUAUAUGAACCGAGAUAUGGAGUUUGGUAAGGAUGAGAGACAUUAGAUUUUACUGCUGGAUGAUUAGCAGCAUGGAGCUGGACUACCAUUAAAAGAUUUUGAAUUCGUUGUGAAUGCUACAGAGCAGUACCAGCAACUGUGCAGUUUUAUGUGAACUGGAUGUUAUCCAUCAUGGCUACUUCGGUUGUGCAUAGCUGUGUGCAUUUGUGUAUCGAGCUUUUGGAAAUACUGUCAAACCUGUUUUAAUGGUCAGCUCUAUAGAACAGACACUUGUCUGUAAAAAACUCUUUAGCAUUCCCUUGAGUGACAGUUAUACAGUGAAUCCAAUUCUGUUGAAUUUUGGAGUAAUAAGUUUAUUACUCCAAGGUUGAAUGGACACCUGUCUGCAAGGGACAUAUUUACAAGAGCAGAUAAAGAAGGAGAGCGUACAACGGUAAAAUGCUGAAACCAUGCUGCAGUAUUAGUCGAAUUAAUAAA